AUGCUUGGCGCGUGUCUGUCUGCGCUGCGACGCGUGCGAGUGACACAGGGAAGCCCACUCCUGCGGGUCCUGCUCGUUGCGGGCGUGUUCACUUACGGUUCGCAUUCUGUGCUGACCAACCUGUCAAAGGGGGAUGACGGCCGCGUCGCGUACAAUGUCGCCUCUGUCGUGCUCAUGACCGAGCUGUGCAAGCUGCUGAUAUCGUGCACACUCGCCCUGCUCACUCUGGGCACACGCGGCGUUGUGGGCGAGGUCCGCGCGGGUGCGUUCAAGCCGCGGUUCUUUCUGCUGCUCUCCGUCCCAGCGUUGUUGUACGCGCUGAACAACAACACGGCGUACUAUGCUCAGCAGGCCAUGGAUCCCGUCUCGUUCAUGGUCUUGUGCAAUUUCAAGAUUAUCACGACGGCCAUUCUGUUCCGCCUCAUCAUGAACCGCUCCUUGUCGCGCAACCAGUGGCUUGCCAUGCCAAUAUUGCUCUUCUCGAGCAUUCUCAAUAGCAUGGCCGGGCUCGCCAAGCACUCGAGCAUUGUGGAUGAAAGUGCGCAGGACACCAACAUUCUGCUCAAGUCCGCGCUCUACGUCUCUCCAUACGGGCUCAUGCUCAUGGUCAUGUACUGCACCAUUUCCGGUUUUGCCGGCGUGUACGCGGAGUACGUGCUCAAGAGUCGAAUGCAUGCCUCGCUGCACAUGCAGAACAUUCCAUUGUACCUUUGCGGAGUGGUCAUGAAUGCGACGGCCUACUUUUGGAGCUCUAGUUCAACGAACGCGGUCAUCGACGACACUGCACUCCGAUUGUCACACAGCGCCACGAGCCUGGUUUGGAUGCUUGGACCUUUUGCGCGUCUCUUCGAUGGAUACAACGGUUGGACUUGGGUGAUUAUUCUCACGCAAGCCGGCAACGGGCUCAUUCUCUCGGUGGUCAUGAAGCACUCGACCAACAUUGUCAAGCUAUUCAUGAUUGCGCUUUCGAUGCUGCUGUCAACGGCCACUUCCAUUCUGGCGUUCGAUAUGUCGUUGUCGUGGGAGUUUGUUCUCGCGUUGGUUCUUGUCUUGUGGGCAAUUGCGCUCUACCACACUCCAGCGCCCGCUUCGUCAGCAGCGACAAUGUCCACCGGACCUGCGCGGCCUGUCGCACACGGCGCGGCCGCAGCAUUUGGUGAAAGCGAUCAGCAGCGAUCGUUGCUGCCGUUCGUUCACAAGCAAGGGUACAGCGGCAUGCUCAAGCAAGUGUAG